AUGCUUCUCUCCCCUCUGGCCACUGCUGAAGAGGGCAUUUCCCUUCUGGUCGGUUCAGACCAGUUGUGGCGAGUGAACGGUGACCAAGUGCUGCAUUGCAAGGAAAAUCAGAAGCUGGUAGCUAUAAGCACCAUUUUUGGCUGGACCUUUCAAGGCCCAGUGUCAAACCACAGCUCUCUCAAAGGCAGCGCCAGCAGCAUGGUAUGCGUGCUAAGAACGGAAUGCUUCACGAACGAGGACGUCGGAGACAUCCUGCGGCGUUUUUCGGAGCUAGAGAGCAUCGGAAUUUCUGACCAGCCCUCCAGCAAGAUGGAAGAACAGAACGAACUGCUGAACGAGUUCAACCGAACAAUACGGAAAGUGAAUGGACAGUACGAAGUCGGUCUACCGUUCAGGGUCGGCGCGGGAGAACUGAAGGAUAACCGCACGCUGGCAUUGAAACGUCUUGAGAGUUUGAAGAGGAGAUUGUCACGCGACGAGUCCUUCGCAAAAGAUUACGACAACGUCAUACGCAGCUACAUCACCUCAGGACACGCAGAAAAAUUUAGUUUCGAAGAACUAACGACCAUGCUCCAAGAGGUUGAAGCCGUCGUGAAUUCUCGACCUUUGGCCCCUGUUAACGACGCUCCACACGAGCAGGAGGCUUUAACGCCUGCGCACUUCUUGUUGGGCAGGCGUCUGACGGCUUUCCCAUCAGUCAACCUAGAAACUAUACCAGGUUCUGCGAGAGGGGACAUUACCAGACGUUCACUACACAGGCAGCAACUACUGGACCGAUUCUGGCGGAGAUGGCGGAAGGAAUACCUCCUUCAGCUCCGCUCCGCACACCGAUCGCCCGAGACGUGGACAAACGACCUACAGAACGGGGACCUCGUUCUUGUUCACGAAGACAAGACCCCACGGCUCAUAUGGAAAACGGGGAGGAUCGAAACAGUUCAGCUGGGCAGAGACAACCACGUGCGUUCCUGUCUAGUGCGCCUACCGAGCGGGGUAACGCUUCGGCGCCCCGUGCAGCUCCUUUACCCCCUGGAACUGGCAAGUGAAUGA